CUUUAACGCGACUUGACAACUGACGCGUAUCGCGCCUCAACGCGUCAUCAACACCAUGUCGCAACUAGGGCCUCUUCCCACUGACCUCCCCUUCCGAAUCAUCUCCAGAACGAUUGGGAGGGGCGCGUAUGCAUCGAUCAAAAAAGCGAUACCCCUGGAUCAGCCUUCUCCAGUGUUCGCUGUGAAGCUGAUACACAAGGAACAUGCCAUCAGACAGGGCCGCAUCUCUGCAAAGCAAAUUGCGAUGGAGGUGUCACUGCACUCUCAUGUUGGGCAGCAUCCCAACAUUAUCGAAUGGUUUGCCACGGGUGAGGAUGCGGUAUGGAGGUGGAUAGCUAUGGAAUACGCCGAAGGCGGUGACCUCUUUGACAAGAUUGAGGCAGAUGUAGGCGUGCAGGAGGAUAUUGCACACCUGUACUUCCUGCAGCUGAUCAGUGGUGUCAGCUAUAUGCACUCCAAGGGUGUCGCGCACCGAGAUCUGAAGCCCGAAAACAUCCUCCUUUCGGCAGCCGGCAAUCUCAAGAUUGCAGACUUUGGGAUGGCGACGCUGUUCGAGCACAAGGGCGCGAGGAAGCAGAGCAGCACUAUGUGUGGUAGCCCCCCUUACAUCGCGCCCGAAGUGUUGCGGUGCGUCAGGCAAGACAAGAACUCGACAGAGGUAACCAAGUACUCUCCCGACCUCGUCGACAUAUGGUCUUGCGGCGUUAUCUUAUUCGUUCUUUUGGUGGGAAACACUCCAUGGGACGAACCUACCUCAGGCAGUUGGGAGUUCCAGGAAUACGUGCGGACCAACGGCCGCAGCACAGACUCGCUGUGGGCCAGGAUACCCUCGGACGCACUGUCUCUCCUCCGCGGCAUGAUGAACAUCGAAGCAAACAAGCGCUUCUCCUUUGCCCAAAUUCGCCAGCAUCCCUGGUACACUCGCCGCAACCCGCUCCUGACCGCCGACGGCAAGAUCUCGGACCCCGUCGCGCUCGCCGCGCAGAUGCUCGCGGGCUUACGCAUCGACCUUCACGCCGAACCUACUCCUUCUCAACGCCAGUCCCAGCCCGAAGCAAUGGAAAUUGACUCCCAGCUCGCCACCGACUGGUCCGCGAGGCACAUCCCGGCCACGCAGCCCGAGACGCCUAUCAGCGACGCGCUCUUCGACUGGGAACGGCCGCCGCCGCGAAGCACGCUCGGCACGACCCACGCCGUGUUGCUCUCGUCCACCCAGCCGCCGGCGACAACAGCCGCGCGCCUGGCGCUGGAAUCGCUGGCCGAGGAACCGACCAUGUCGCAGUUCUCGCAGAGCCGGGUUCUCCCGCUCUCCCUGACCCAGCACGCCCGCCAGUUCCGCGACGUCGUGCCGGCCUACUCGCUGACGCGCUUCUUCUCGCACGUGCCGGCCGCGCUGCUCGUGCAGAUGCUCCGGGACGCCCUCCACCAGCUCAACGUGCCCCUCCCGGGCCCCAACAACCGGCCCGUCAACCCCCACGCCGAUCACAUCGCCACCCUUAAGGUUAAGACGCUCGACGGCCGCCACCAGGGCCUGCACGGGGACGUGCUGGUCGACAGGUACCGCCUUCCGCAACAUCAUUCUUCUGCCGAGGGCGACCAUGGAGAUAGUAAAUUGGAGCUGUGGGAGGUGCGGUUUGUCAAGGUCAAAGGAGAUCCCCUUGAGUGGAGGCGAUUUUUCAAACGGAUCACGUUGCUGUGCAAGGAUGCCGUCUAUAGCGGCGAGGACGACGGGGUGUAGCUGGGCUCCUGGCUGGUGGUGUCUGCGAGGUAUGGAAUUGGCGCAAAGGGUUUGUUUGGUUUGGUUCUGGGAUGCGAUGAAAUGGAUGGAUGGGUGGUUGAGCGGAAUGAGUAAAUGAUUGUACGGGGAGCAUAGGAUGUAAUUUGGCUGGAUUCUCGGCGUGUUGGGUUUUGUUUGGAGACACGAUGUCCAGGAUUGUGUAUGGAUAGGAGAUGUAGGUAGAUAAAGGCAGACGCCCCGCCUCCUACGGGCUGUGGCAUGCCUCUGAUGCAUUUGUUGAUAGUAAUGCAGC